UCUAAUAACUUAUAAUAUAAAAUAUAUAUACACUAUUUUUAAUUUAUCGAUCUGGUUAAAAAGCACCCAAUAAUUUAAUGCUCAAAAUAUUGUGUUUAGUGAUUAUUCAGAGUUAUCUAAGUGGGUUUUGGAGGUUUCCUCUUAUACUUAUCUGGGUUGGGUUGUUUUGGAUUUAUAAAGGUUGUUGCUGUGUUUGCUAUGAUUUGUGCAUUACUUGAUUGAGGUAAGAGUGUAAACACUCCUUUUUUAGUUUGUUGUCUCAAAUUGAUGAAUUGAAUGUUCUUUCCAAGUUUAUUAUGAUGCUUAAUAGUUGAGUUUCCUAUUUGCCCUCCAUUUUAUUUUAACUCAUAAGUCAUCCCUUUGUUUUAUUUUUUGCUCAUAAUGACUUUGUGUCUUAAGAAGACGGGAUAUUAGUGAAUUGAUAAGUACGUUACAAAGUCUAAAUUCGAGGGACUUACACAAAAGGUGAGGAAGAUCAAAUCUGAGUGAUGAAGGCUCACUAAUCUAUUGGUUUAUGUCGUUAUUCUCAAUCUUUUGUGAUAGACUUUGGAGUUGUAAUGGUUUUCAGUAUUGAAAAGACGGAAUAUUAGUGAACCUGUAAGGACUUAAAAAGUUUAAAUUUGAAGGAGUUAAAGAAAAGGUAAGGAAAACCAAAUAUGACCUGAUUAAGGCUCACUAAUCUAUUAGUUUAUAUAGUCGCUCUCAAUUUUUUGUGAUUAGACUCUGGAAUUAUUGUUGUCGUUAGAUUUUGGGCUAAUUACUUGCCUUGUUGAAUAAGUGCAAAUCAAAAGCAAAUACUUUGUUGUCUAAUUCAUACUCUACUUCAUAUUCCUUGUUCAUUUUUGGGUUUUUAGUAGGUAAUUUCUGAAGUACUUUUAAUGGAAUACUCCCUUAAUUACAAGGAAGUGGGACAUAAUUUUUGGGCUAGUUCAAAUCCUGAUAUCCCUAUGGUGGUUGAUGACAAAGCGAUUAAACAAACAGAAAAUCAACCCAUAAACAUGUCAGAAAUGAUGGGUUUAGAUGGGUAUGGGGCAUGGUGCAACAUUACCUCCUCAAACAACUCGAACGAGCCUUCUUAUAAGUAUUCAUCACAUCCGUUCAUUGCAUCGAAUCAUGAUUGUUGUGAUCGGAAACAACCCAAUUGUGUUUUUCCUACUGUGAAUGUGUAUGGAAGUCCUGUGGAUGCCACAACAGACGAUUAUGACGGUUGUGGCAUGUUUGUGCAAUCAGAAAACAGUGUUCCUGGGCCUGUUGGGAAUUCAGUGGUGGAGAGGAUGGUUGGAGCAUUAUCAGUGUUUAAGGAGUCAUCUGGAGGAGGGAUUUUAGCACAAGUGUGGGUUCCUGUAAGAAGCGGAGAUCAUUAUAUAUUAAGCACAAGCGAGCAACCAUACUUGCUUGAUGAGAUGCUGUUAGGUUAUCGUGAAGUAUCAAGGUCAUACACGUUCUCUAUUGAACAAAAACCGGGUUCCUUUCCUGGACUUCCUGGGCGUGUGUUUAUGUCUAAGAUGCCCGAAUGGACUUCAAAUGUCAGCUAUUAUAGUUCAGCUGAAUACUUACGAGUUCAACAUGCUCGUCAUCAUCAAGUUCGUGGAUCUGUUGCAUUACCUAUCUUUACCCAACAAGCCUCUUGUUGUGCUGUUUUGGAGCUUGUUACUGUUACAGAAAAAUCUAACUUCCAUUUUGAAAUCGAUUCACUUUGCCGCGCUUUAGAGGCCGUAGAUUUGAGAACAACUAAACCUCCUCGACUUCUUUCUCAGUGUUUUUCACCAAACCAAAAGACUGCCUUAGCCGAGAUAACUGAUGUGUUACGAGCUGUAUGUAACGCCCAUAGAUUGCCUUUAGCUCUUACAUGGAUCCCUUGUACUUUCGAGGAAGGAGAUGGCUACAAAAUCUUUCAAAUACAAGUUAAAGAUAACAGUUUAAAUCUGAACAAGAAAUCUGUAUUGUGCAUAGAAGAGACUGCUUGUUAUGUAAACGAUAAACAUAUGCAAGAGUUCGUCCAUGCAUGUGGUGAACAUUUUCUCGAAGAAGGGCAAGGCGUUGCAGGAAAAGCGCUCCAAACGAAUCGUUCUUUCUUCUUUUGUGACGUAAAAAACUAUCAUAUCAGUGAAUAUCCACAUGUCCUACAUGCCCGAAAGUUUGGACUAAAUGCUGCUGUUGCAAUUAGGCUUAGGAGCACAUACACCGGGGUUGAUGACUACAUACUCGAGUUUUUUUUGCCUCCGAAUAUUAACGAAAACAAGGAGCAACAACUUCUGUUGGAUAGCCUCUCGGGUACUAUCCAACGAGUAUGUAAAAGCUUAAGGACUGUUUCGGAUGCAGAAUUGGUCGAUUCUAUAGAUCCUAAAGAUGACCCUUGUGGGGUUUCCCAGAGCUUAUUUACAAAUGAUCGACCAUUGACCCAAGAGGGGUCAAACGGAAGUAGACAGUCAUUAGAUCGACCCAUGAUUGUAAACGAUUGUAUCAAAGAAGAUGGCUAUUUUGAGCAGGCUAGCGGUUUGAGUAGACCGAUAGAGAAGAAGCGAAGCACUGCAGAGAAGACGGUAAGCCUGGGUGUUCUGCAGAAGUACUUUUCUGGAAGCCUGAAGAAUGCUGCAAAAAGUAUUGGUGUUUGCCCCACGACGUUAAAGAGGAUAUGCAGGCAGCAUGGUAUCUCAAGAUGGCCUUCGCGGAAGAUAAACAAGGUGAAUCGGUCACUACGAAAAAUCCAAACUGUUCUCGAUUCUGUUCAGGGAGUAGGCGGAGGUUUGAAGUUUGAUCUUACGACAGGAGAGCUUGUAGCGGGAUGUUCUGUCAAUCAGAACGAUUCCUGUACAAUCGGAAAUCACUUUGUGCAGGAAAACCAUACACAAAAACGGAAAAAAUCGAGUAAAAUCGUUCAAGGAGCGCAGCAUAACUUAGAUUUCAGUUCGGGGCUACUUCAUAACCAAUACCGCGCUGCUUCUCAAACUCCUCAUUACAUGACUCCAUAUGAGACUGAAAAUGAUGAUAAGGUGAUUGAGCACAACCAAGCGACAACUUCUGGGAUGACGGACUCAUCAAAUGCCUCCGGUUCUAUGUCUAGUUCACCAAUAAGUAUUGGUGAGCAGAGACUAAAGAAGGAUAAAACAAACAACGAAGAUCCAAAAUCACGAAUCACAAUUAAAGCGACAUAUAAGGAAGAUACAGUUCGAUUCAAGUUUGAACCUUCGGCGGGAUGCCAUCACCUCUACGAAGAAGUUGCAAAACGGUUUGAGAUUCAGCGUGGAACCUUUCAAUUGAAGUACGUAGAUGAUGAAGACGAAUGGGUGAUGUUAGUAAGUGACUUAGAUUUACAAGAGUGUCUGGAAAUAAUGGAGUGUCUUGGGAAAAAUAGUAUUAAGUUUCUUGUCCGCGACUUGGGUUUUGGUAUGGGUAGUUUAGUUGGUAGCAAUCGUGUUUUGCCUGGUAGUUGCUAGGUUAAGUCGAUGGUUGUAGCAUUAGGAUAUGUCAACUAUUCUAUCGGUUUUGAAAUUUCAACUGAGAAAUGGUUUGCUUGUAUUUAGAAGAAAGAUUUAGGAAUGACACGAAUCAGUUGGCUGUAAAUAUUUUAGUAUAUGAUCGACAUAUGAAACAGUUGUAGAUUUGUAUAGUAGACUUAGUAACUUAUGCAUCAUAU